UUCUUCAUUACAAAAAAUGGAAAAUCCAGCCCUCCUUUCUCUCCUAGGCAAACAAAGCAAGGGCUCCUCUCGCCGCCGCAGUAGCGGCGGCGGAGGAUUCCUCCGCCUAUUCAAGCUUUUUCCCAUGUUAACUUCCGGUUGCAAAAUGGUAGCCCUUCUAGGAAGACAAAGAAGACCUCUUCUAACAGACAAUGCCACAACAGGUACCCUUUUCGGGUACAAGAAAGGCAGACUAAUCCUAGCUGUACAAGAUGAUCCACAUCGAUUACCCAUCUUCAUAAUCGAACUCCCAUUACUAACUUCAACUUUCCACAAAGAAAUGGAUUCGGAUGAUAUUAUCAGAAUUGCAUUGGAAAGUGAAACCAAAUCACAUAAGAAGAAGUUGAUGGAAGAAUUUGUUUGGGCUGUUUAUUGUAAUGGGAGAAAGAUUGGGUAUUCGAUUAGGAGAAGAGAAAUGAAUGAUGAUGAGUUAUAUGUUAUGCAACUUUUGAGAGGGGUUUCGAUGGGUGCCGGCGUGGUUCCAUGUCCGCCGGAGAAGGGUCAGGCGCCGGCGCCGGUGGAUGGGGAAUUGACUUAUAUAAGAGCUAGGUUUGAUAGGGUUAUUGGGUCUAAGGAUUCAGAGGCUCUUUAUAUGAUUAAUCCUCAUGGACCAACAGGACCAGACCUCAGUAUUUUCUUUCUUAGACCUCAUUAAUUUAUACUUUUUUAUUAUUAUUAAUUAUUAUUCUUAUUGAUUUUAUAAAUUAUCUAUAUAUAUAUAGUAAUGAAAAUGGAAGAGGUUUUAAGAAAAAAAAAAUGUGAGAGGUUUGAAAUACUUUUGUCAUAAAUUUGUAUACAUUUAAAUAUAUAUAUAUAAUUGAGUAAUAUUAUUCAUAAA